AUGCACCGCCGCUGCCCCCGCCCGCCACUGCACCGCCGCCCCCGCCCGCCGCCACACCGACUUCUUCUUCUUCUUCUUCUUCUUCUUCCUCUUCAUCCCGCCGCCACACCCACCGCCGCCCCCACUUCUUCUUCUUCUUCUUCUUCUUCUCCUGCCGCCACACCCACCGCCGCCCCCACUUCUUCUUCUUCUUCUUCUUCUUCUCCUGCCGCCACACCCACCGCCGCCCCCAGUUCUUCUUCUUCUUCUUCUUCUUCUUCCGCCGCCACACCCACCGCCGCCCCCACUUUUUUUUCUUCUUCUUCUUCUUCCCGCCGCCGCACCCACCGCCGCCCGCCGCUUCUUCUUCUUCUUCUAGAUAGUGAUGGAGUGACAGUGGGUGGGGGUGGGGGUGGGGGUUCUGGUUCUGGUUCUGGUGGUGGUGGUGGCAUGAUUUUGGGGAAGAAGGGAUAG